AUGCCUCUCCCUCAAGAAUCCCGGGCAUCAUUGCAGGAUAUACGGGUUUUGGAGGAUGAUUUUUACUACGACAAAGCAGAUUUCGUUGUUGGGGAUGUCAGCGCGAAACUCAUGCCGAAUGAAAGCCUGUCACUAUUCUAUAGUUUCGGCUUCGAGUCCUUGCGGAGAAACAACUUGCAUUACCUGACAGAUACCAUGAUUGCGAGCGUCGUCGGGAACGUUUUGGUGUUUGUCAACCUGCGGACGAUGGAACAAGACUACUUACCUGGAUUAGGAAAUGGUGCCAUUGGAUCUAUAGCAGUUCAUCCAUCACGACGUUUCAUUGCAGUCGGAGAGAUUGCCGAGAGCUCGCCGAAUAUUUAUAUUUUCGAGUAUCCGACAAUGAAGCUCUAUCGAGUCCUCCGUGAAGGAGCUGAGAAAGGGAUCACAAAUUUGAGCUUCAACACUGCCGGCGAUAAGUUAGCGAGUGUUGGAAUGGAUCCUGACUACAUGCUAACCCUGUGGGACUGGAAACAAGAGAAGGUGGUGCUGAGAAGCAAGGCCUUUUCGCAGGAUGUCUAUGCGAUUGCUUUCUCGCCGGAGAGCGACGGCCAACUCACCACGUCGGGAAUGGGCCACAUCAAGUUCUGGAGAAUGGCAUCCACGUUUACGGGUCUCAAACUCCAAGGAUAUAUAGGAAAGUUUGGGCUAAGCGAGCUCACGGAUAUCGUUACCUUCAUCCAACUCCCCGACGGGAAAGUUUUGUCGAGCACAGAAACUGGCAACCUUCUGCUUUGGGACGGAGGAAUGAUCAAAUGCGAACUAUCUGGUCAGGUUCGUAAGCCUUGUCAUGACGGACCGGUAGAAGUCAUCCUACUCGUCGAUGGGGAGGUCUUCACCGGCGGCGAGGAUGGGUACAUUCGGGUUUGGGACUUUGAUACGAUCGACACCGCCGAUGUCAUCUCUACUGGCGCACCAUCUGCUGAGGCUGCGGGAGAUGCUGCAGCACCAGACGGUGAAGGUCCUGCGAGCGGUUCCUCAUCCAGCCCACAAGCACGGGUUUUCGAAAUGGAGCCCUCUGACGAGUUCUUCAUCGGCGAGGAUGUCAAGAUAAGGUCAGUCGUACGGUGUCCAGGCGAGAAUACCAAGUAUCUCAUCCAGGAUCAGUCGGGAAACCUCUUGUCUUUUGAUACGCAAAAGCGUGCCACCGAAAAACUGAUGUCUUUCCACGCCGGAGCGGUAACUGGUGUCGAUGCCAGCCCAGUAUCGCAUUGCAUGGCAAGCUUGGGCGCCGGGGGCACGCUUAAGCUCUACGACUACAUUUCAAAAGUUUCGGUGAACUCCGUGCGAUUUGAGAGCCCGGGAACGACACUGUUGUACUUUCCGGAGUCGCUUGAUAGGUUGGGAUGCACCAUGGCCGCUGGUUUUGCGGAUGGAGUUCUUCGAAUCGUAUCCCAUACUCCGCUGAGUAGUGGCAUCGACCCUCCAGAAUUCACCUUGCAAUACGUCUUUAAACCACACAAAGCUCCCAUCACGUCCAUUGGCGUGUCCGCUGACGGGACCUAUCUCGCCACUACUGCCUCUGACUGCACCGCGUUCUUCUUCAAGAUUGAUUUGCCUCCCGACGACGAUGAGAACAUCGUUGGUUUUUCCAAUACCACGGCGAAAAUCCAUCCGAUCGGUUUCAUCACGUUUGCAUCUAUUCCGUCCAAGAUAUCGUUUUCCCCUGACAACCAUCUGAACAUCGAUGAGAUCGAGCCGGUGGACGAUGCGCGCCUCGAAGAGGAUGAGAUGCUGGGAGAAGAACUGGCGCUGAGCAAAGAGAUCAAAGGCAAACGUGCAUUCGUUGUGCUGGAAAACGGGGAACUCUUGUCUAUCACUGUACCCGCACGCGAGACGGUGGAUAAUUCUGUCAGCUACGAGUUGAACAGUGACAUAUUUCGAAUUACGAGAUGGGUCCUGGAUGUCCCGCCACCUCCUCGACCCGCUAAGCCGCAACCAAAGGAGGGGUCGAGUGAGGAGACUUCCAGCGAGACCCCGGCGGCCGGUCGUGAAGAUCCGGAGCAAGAACCGGAAAAGACGCAAGACACGGUCAAGCCAGGACGAAUGACCUCGGCUCUCCGGAAAGCGCACGGACUUGUGGUUGAAAAUGCGUCACCAAUCACAAACGUGCUCUACCUGGAAGGGGGAUACUUUUUGAUCUCGUUGCUGAAUAAGGACGGCGAAUUUGAGAUUCGGGCGUGCAAAUAUGGGACGCCAAAGCAAAGCAGGCUCGUGUUGGUUUAUCGGUCCAAAUUUUCGGAUAUGCGCCUGUCUACUACUGGUAAAUACCUGCUGACAGGAACGGUUGAUGGCAUGUCAUGUCUCCGCAAGUUUCGCCUAGAGGACAUUUUACUCUACCGAUGGACUGGAGGUCACGAAGCGUACAGUCAAUACUCAACCGCCUUCGAGGAGGAGGAAGCACAUGCAUCUGUGCAGAAGGUUUCCGAAAAAGUCGAUGAAACGGACAGCCGUGGGGACUUGGACGUCGUGCCAGACGCACCUGGGCAAUACUGGUUCGGCCAUGCCCAUAAUGCGAGAUCUGGUAAAAUUACGAGCAUUGUAACAGCCUUUGACGACUCGUUCCUGUUCACCGGAGGCGCUGAUGGGGGGCUAUUUGCGUGGAGGGUGACUUUGGAACAUAUCAAGGGUAGCGAGGUUGAAGUUACAGCGGAUGCUCUGCCUCCUAGUCGCACCGUCGCCGAUAUUCUAGACCCCAAUGAGUACACCAUGCAAGAUGCGAAACUGCAGUCCGAAAAGGACAAGGAGUACGCAGAUGCCCAACGCAAGAAGCAGGUGAUGCGGGAGUACAUCAAAGAGCUGCGGAGCGAGUUUACCCGACUUGUAGCCGAUAACGAGAGGGCGGCAGCGGAGGAGCAGCUUCCACGAGAUGUUUUCACUAUCGACCCUGAUCUUCGAUCCGACAUCAAGAACGACACCGAACAGAAGGUCGAGCGAGUGCAAAAAGAGCUGCAGUGGGUUUCAGAAAAGGAAUCCAUCAUCCCGAUGAAGUUACGGAAGCGUUUCUUGGAUCCUUUGAAGACGGAACGGGUUGAGAUCCACGCAUUUCGGAGCAGCCAUGCGAUUGCCACAUUUCGAACCUUGAAGCCGGAACAUACGCUUGAUAAUAUAUUGCAGCCUCUCGGUAGCUCAGAGGCACAGCAAAGUGUCGACCAAAGCAAUGACGCGGAAAUACGAGAACCUGAUUUCGCAUCCAAGAAUGCUUCCCAAGAAAUGAAGGCGAAUGAAAACUUGGGUGCGGGUGCGAAGGGCGCAGGGAAACCCGUAGACGCGAGAAGCAAGCUCGAGGCAAGAAAGCAACUCAGGGCACAAAGAGCCAUCAAGUGGAAGGAACUGAUGGACACCAAGCCGGAUGAAAACUAUGAGGACGCUAGAGACAUCUCCGCCAUUCGAUUCGCUGAACAAAAUCUCUCUGCGCGCCCGGAAGUGCGGUAUGAAGUCACUCCUGAAGAUAUUGCGAAGUUGCGCCAAGACGAUCUCCAGGCAGCUAGCGAUAAGAAGGGCAACCACGAAGAAGGGUUUGGAGGGUUUGGUGGGAAGCCUGGUGGAACGCAAGCCAAGGAUGUUGCCGGCGGUCCUUCGCAGGAGCCCGCUCAGCAACCUUCUCCAGCGCAUACCGGUGCUGGCGGGUCAAGAGUGACAACGUCUGGAUCAGGUCCAUCGAUACUGGACGAUUUGUUGCUGGACGAAGGACCGAAGUUGAAAGCGAGAGAAGAGGAGAUGCAGAUGAAGCGGCUCACCUAUGAGAGGAAUGAGAUCCUUUCGGCUAUCGACAGGGCUGUUGCCGACUUUGACAACUCUGUGCAUCUCCUCGAAAAGGAAAAGACCUUGUUGGAAGGAGACCUGAAAUCUGUGGAUAUCAAGCUGCUUCUUCUGUAUCGGGAGUGGGUCCUUCUAAAAGAGUUUGAGAAGCACGACAAUUUCCUCGCCGAUAAGCUGGUACAGAAGCGAGGCGAGAAGAAAGACAUCGACACGAAGAUAAAAGAAUGCCAGGAAAAACUCAAUGGCAAGAAAGCGGAUAUCGAAGUGGUAAUACAGAAAGAGCGCACAGUCCAUGACGAGUUCCGGCAAUUGCUUGGGGAAAACAAUAAGCAUGAGGAGUUUCUGACGAAGAUCUUCAAGAGGAAAGUCAAACGAAGCAAGAAAAAAGCCAAACCAGACGGUCAAACAAACAAUCAUAACGGCGGAGAAGAUGAUCAAGCUGACGCCGAUGAAGACGAAGAGGAAGAUGAGGACAUGGAUGACAUGGACGAUGUAGAAUCCAUGACCUCCGAUAACGAUGGCGAAGACCUCGUCGAAGAAUGUCCCCCAGAAUUCGACGCGAGCAAAUACAAGCGGAUCCUCGAACUGCGCGAAGACCGCUUGGACCAGGAGGAGUGUCUCACGGAGAUCCAGAAAGCCGUUGACGCGUUGAAAAAGGAAAACGACUCCUUCAUCAAAAAGGAAAAAAUCAUUGAUCAAGCGCUCAAAGCCACGGAGAAUGAGAUACAGCAGUUCCAGACGCAAAAGCAGCAGAAGCUGAAUGAGCUGGAUGUGGUGCUGCCCUUGAGACUCCAUCAGAUUCAGUACAUCGACAAGCAGACCCUUCCAACGGAUCUGUCCGGGGCUUUGGUUUUCAUGCAUCAGGGUCUUAUCAGGUUGAGGAGUCGCAUCAAAGAGCUGCAGCAAGAAAAAGCUGAAAUCAGGAGACAGCAUCGCGAACUCAAAAAGAUGCACGUGAAUCUGAUCAAGAGCCGGCGGGAAAAACAAGCAAAACUGCAUGAACUCGAGGCUCGGGCGGUAGAUGUCCAGAUGCUGAAGUUCGGAAAAAUUAUCGAUCUCGAGAAACUCGAAAGAAUGGGUUUCAAUAAGAACGCCGACGAGCUUCGCGAGAAGCUCACUAAGGAGGAUGCAAAACGCAUGAAAGAACUCGAGGAACUUCAGCUGCAAAUCAACAAGCUGAAGGUCAGGUUAACGGAAGUAACCAGGGAGAACACCCUGAGGUUGGAAAACCUUGUGGAUCUCACCGAUACAAAACAAAGCCUGGAGGAAGCGCUGAACACCGCUCAGUCAUCCGUGACCGCCGAAUACUCCGCGCCCCAGGAACGAGAAAUCCUAGAGCGGCAAAAGAUCAUCGGCCUGGUGCAAAGUCAGGCGGAAGAGAUUGCAGAGUUGAAACGGGAAAUAGAGAUCCUUAUUAGAAAGCCGCUGAGGCAACUGCCACCGAUAAUGCACGAUCGUCUGCAUUCCGGGGUCGCGCCGACACCAGAAACCCCUCCACGAGUUGCAUGGUGA